AUGCACCUGUCCCUUCACGCCACUAUGAAGACCUCUGCUCUCAUUCUCGCCAUCACCGCGCUUUAUAGCUCCGGCGUGCUGGCAGACCACCAGGAACCCCUCGAUGCUAGUGCCUACGUCUGCAUCCGCAAUAAUAAGGUUAUGGGCGAGGACGGCUGCUACAAGAGAAACGGCGUGGACCGUAUCACUCACUGCCACAAUGCCGGCAACGGUCACUAUCACUACUCAGAGUGCCGCACUAUCUGUUGCGUCGUCGCUAGUCGCAGCGGUGAAGAGUUCAUAGACGUAACGCAACACUGCACCGGAGUGGGUGGAGUGCUUACGUCCUACAACGACCUGCCCGGAAACAAGAAAUACCACUGUCCACUGGUCAACACCUGUGUCCCGGAUAACACUGGCGCUCCUUGUCCCUGA